CCAACAUCUCCACUUAGGGCAGUUGGGACUCUUCUUUGACUCUGGAACACUGGGCAGGAGCUUUGCCAUUGGCUGGCCAAGAAGGGGGAGGCAGAAUGUCUGCAUUGUUACACCGUGGAGUUCAAAUUUCAAAAGACUUUGGGUUAAACAGUAUCGUUCACUCUGCAGAUGAUUAUGUCUUUGCCUGUCUUCUAUGAUCAUCCUAAACUAAUGAAACACCUUUCAGGUCUUACGGAUUUAGGUCACAUUGUAUUCUGGAUUUGCUGGCAGCUGAUACAGGGCCUUUGAAAAAUGGAGCCAAAUUCUCUGAGGACUAAAGUCCCAGCUUUCCUGUCUGAUCUGGGGAAGGCCACAUUGAGGGGAAUCAGAAAGUGUCCCCGAUGCGGCACAUACAAUGGGACCCGGGGACUGAGUUGUAAGAACAAGACAUGUGGAACCAUAUUCCGCUACGGUGCACGGAAGCAGCCUAGUGUUGAAGCUGUCAAAAUCAUAACAGGCUCUGAUCUGCAAGUUUACUCGGUGCGGCAAAGAGACCGGGGCCCCGAUCACCGAUGCUUUGUGGAGCUAGGUGUGUCAGAAACAACAAUCCAGACGGUGGACGGGACAGUCAUUACUCAGCUGAGCUCCGGACGGUGUUAUGUUCCCUCAUGCCUGAAAGCUGCCACCCAGGGUGUUGUGGAAAAUCAGUGCCAGCACAUCAAGCUGGCAGUGAACUGCCAGGCAGAAGCCACCCCUCUGACUCUGAAAAGCUCGGUCUUAAAUGCAAUGCAGGCCUCCCCAGAGACUAAGCAGAUCCUUUGGCAGCUGGCCACAGAGCCCACAGGUCCCCUGGUACAGAGGAUUACUAAAAACAUUUUGGUGGUGAAAUGCAAGGCAAGCCAGAAGCAUAGUUUGGGGUAUUUGCAUACAUCCUUUGUGCAGAAAAUCAGUGCCAAAAGCUUGCCCGAGCGCCGGUUCUUCUGCUCCUGCCAGGCUCUGAAAUCGCAUAAGUCGAAUGCCUCCAAGGAUGAGGUGGCCCAGAGGUGUAUUCAUUUCUUUGCUUGCAUCUGUGCCUUUGCCAGUGACGAGACAUUGGCUCAGGAAUUCUCAGACUUCCUAAAUUUUGAUUCCAGCGGUCUUAAAGAGGUUAUUGUGCCCCAGCUAGGUUGCCAUUCAGAAUCAACAGUAUCAGCUUGUGAGUCUGCUGCCUCUAAGCCAAAGAAGAGGAAGAAGGAGGAAGUAGCUGGUGCACAGACGAACAGUUCACUGCUGCCUCAGGAUGCAGUGAGCAAUAAUCUAAGGAAAAGUGGCCUGAAAAAGCCUGUGGUUGCUUCUUCAUUAAAAAGGCAGGCCUGUGGACAGCUGUUAGAUGAGGCUCAAGUGACCUUGUCCUUCCAAGACUGGCUGGCCAGUGUCACAGAACGCAUCCAUCAAACCAUGCACUAUCAAUUUGAUGGCAAACCAGAGCCACUGGUGUUCCACAUUCCUCAGUCCUUUUUUGAUGCCCUGCAACAAAGAAUAUCUAUAGGAAGUGCGAAGAAACGGCUUCCCAACUCCACCACAGCUUUUGUUCGGAAAGACGCCUUGCCACUGGGAACCUUUUCCAAGUAUACCUGGCAUAUCACUAACAUCCUGCAAGUUAAACAAAUCUUAGAUACCCCAGAGAUGCCCUUGGAAAUCACUCGGAGUUUUAUCCAGAACCGGGAUGGGACGUAUGAGCUGUUUAAAUGCCCUAAAGUGGAAGUAGAGAGCAUAGCAGAAACCUACGGUCGUAUAGAAAAGCAACCUGUGCUGAGACCUUUGGAACUAAAAACUUUUCUCAAAGUUGGCAACACUUCCCCAGAUCAAAAGGAGCCAACACCUUUCAUCAUUGAGUGGAUUCCGGAUAUUCUUCCUCAAUCCAAGAUUGGUGAGCUGCGGAUCAAGUUUGAGUACGGUCACCACCGAAACGGGCAUGUGGCAGAAUACCAAGACCAGCGGCCACCGCUGGACCAGCCCUUGGAACUGGCUCCCCUGACCACCAUCACUUUCCCUUGACACAAAUCAAGAGUCUUUUGCUGCUAAAUUUGCACAUUCCCACACCUUGUCAAUUUUAAAUACUACUUAGGCACUUAGAUGGCCCUGUUCCCUAGUGAACUGCUCUUAGCCAGGAUGUAAUUUCUCAUCACAUUCAAGUGGAUUCUGUUGAAGAAAAACUCUUCUUCUAAAAUGGCCUUUUUGGUUGCUGCCUUGUAUGGUCUUUGUUAUAAAUUCAGUCAUAUUUCUGGCUAGAAUUUUUAAAGGAGCAAAAAGGAAAUAGCUAUCUUUCCUUCUUAAAGAACUCACCUUUAAAGUUUUUUUUCAACCUUUUUCUAAUUCUCUAAGAAGUUAGCAGCACUUCUUACACCAAUAGUGUUGGAAAGUUAAUACUACACUGGUUAGUGCAGAAUGUUAAGGACCAUCCUGACAGAGUGCCAGCCAUCCCCUUUUAUUCUGUUCUCAAAUAAAAGCACAGUGUCACUAGUUUUUCCAAAGUAUAUCUCAUGUUGGCCUGAUAAAAAAAUUAUAAGCCUUUGGAGAGAUUAGGGUACCUGGGUGGCUCAGUUGGUAAAGCCUUUGGAGAGAUUUAAGUAAUAAUGAAAUAGGAAAAAGAGGUCCAGGUAUCAAGGGAUUAUUGACAUUUCAAACAAAUGCUUCUAAUUACUUGUUCCCUUGAUAUUUAUUUCCUUCUUUAUUCUCCAACAAGUUUAGGAGCUGGUAGAUUCAGUUCCUGUUUUGAGUUCAUUGAUCACAGAAUGGUGAUACUGAAAGGCACAGAAGUAGAAGCCUGUCUUCAGGGAGAAAAGAAGCGAGUGACCACUUCCUAUAUGCCUACUAUCGCCAGACGCUUUCUUCUACAUUCCUAGUCAUUUUUCUCACUUAGUCCUUAUUCUUUGAGUUUAGGCAUUACCGCUUCUUUUAAGUUAAAGAGACAGCCUCUUUUUCUUGCUGGAAACAGCAUUAAAAAUAAUGUUUCAUUUUAGUGCAAAGGGCAUGUUCUUUCUACUUUAUUAUGUUACUUUGAUAUAAAUUCCUUGUAAUCCAUUGUCCUUGGGAACAUAAGAAAAAUCCACAUAAA